GAAAGUGAGAAACGUUACUGCAAGUUUGACUAUAACUGCUCGGCGGAGGGCAUGUGUUUACUUUAAAAAGCCUUCAUCAGCUUAAAGACAUGAAGAGGAGGUUCAACAUCAACCUGGAUGACUCUGCUUUCACCAAAGAAAGAACACCGCCAAAGCCCCAGUUCCAGUCUUCAUCCAAAGGAGGAGAAAGCACCUCAGCAGCAGCAGCAGCAGCAGCAGCCUCUAAGCCUGUCACUGAGGCAGUGGGCCAGCCUUUGUCCUAUGCAGAAUAUAUCGUCCAGAGUAAAAGCAAUGUGGCUGCUGCUCCACAGAGAGAUGCUGCCUCCAGACUGCCCAGGACUGAAGGUGCUUCCAGUCUGAGGCAAAGUGAACCAGAUCCAGUGUCCUCUGCUACAGCAGGAGGUGACACAGCUCAGGACUUCUUUGCUAAAGGGACAGAGGUUCAGUCUGACGAGGUUAACAAGAGCGAGGAGACGCAGGUGGCGGGCACAGACCUAAAAGAGGGGAGCUGUCAAAAGUCAGAUCCCAGCCUCAGCCUGGGUCCUAAACCAGUGGGAUCUGGGAGCAGCAUUAUUGUCAGUCCUCGGCAGAGAGGAAAUCCCAUUCUGAAGUUCGUGAGGAGCGUCCCGUGGGAGUUUGGAGACGUUGUGCCAGAUUAUGUCUUGGGACAGACAACCUGUGCUCUCUUCCUCAGUCUAAGGUAUCACAACCUCAAUCCAAACUAUAUCCAUGACCGUCUGAAGCAGCUUGGCCAGACGUUCACCCUGCGGGUGCUACUGGUUCAAGUAGAUGUGAAAGAUCCUCAUCAUGCGUUAAAGGAACUGGCUCGCAUCUGCAUCAUGGCUGACUGCACCCUCAUCUUGGCUUGGAGUCCAGAAGAGGCAGGACGUUAUCUGGAAACAUACAAGUCAUAUGAAAAGAAACCAGCGGACCUCCUGAAGGAACAAGUCGAAAAGAACUAUCUGUCAAAGGUUACAGAUUGCCUGACCACUGUGAAGUCUAUAAAUAAAACUGAUGCCAUUACCUUGCUAUCGACUUUCUCGUCAGUAGAAGGAAUCAUCAGCGCCUCUAAAGAAGACCUGGUUCUCUGCCCGGGCCUCGGACCACAAAAAGCGAGACGACUCUAUGACGUGCUCCACAAGCCCUUUCUCAAGUCGAAGACGAAAGACAGCUGAGACGUCUCGCCAAGGAUGUCUGACGUGCUUCCAAAAAUAAUUCUGUAAAGCUGGUCAUCGUGAUGAACAGGGUGCAAACACACACACUGAAGAGGACUGAAUUUAUAUGCCAAACACUCUUGAUUUACUGAGAUGAUGAAAAAAAAAAAAUGUAUAAAGCCUUUUUUUUUUUUGUAUUGUCCCAGACUGAGAAUCAGUUUAGGGUACUUGUGAGGAUGUAAAAUGUGAACUGUAUUAGCUGCACACUGAUUUAAUGUGUUUGUGUGUGUGUGUUUUUUAAAGAUAUUAUUUGUU